AAGAUCCGUGCCAGCCGCGCUUCGCUUCACACCUGCUCGUAACUCGAAGAGCUGCAAACCAGCGUCCGCCAAACGCUAAACGCCAAAAUCUCAUAUCAAAUAAUAGGCAUAAGGCAACCGGCAACGGUACUCGGAACUUGCCACUCGGACUAUUAUGUAAGAUUGGGCAAUCUGCGAACAUAUAGACCCAUUCACAUCUACAUACUCGCCCAACUCCCCCAACUCGGUGGCUGAUUCUAUUUGGCAAGUUGCACUUGAGUGAUUUUUCGGGCUUCCAAAAAAAAACAAAAAACGGAAAGCCAACACAAAACUUUAGACCAGACGUGCAACAUGUAAACCGAGCCAGAUAAACGGCCAAUGACGUAGACGAGAAAACCCGACAAAAGCUGCCAAGCCAAAAAUCGCGCAAUAUCAGAAACUAUUAUUGAAAGUGAAACCACAUCCCGUCCCCCCCAAAAACCCAAAAAAUUUAACAAGAGCAGUGCGAACCGUUUUGUAGCGUUUUGAGACCAAACUUUCGGCACGGAUCGUCAACUUUUAUGGCCAACGUCGCGAGGAUUUGCUAAGAAGGCCCGAAAUGGGCCAAGUUGUUCGGUGUCAGUUGGUCAAAGUGCGUGCCGAGCUGUGAACCGUGAUUCGCGAUUGUGGGUGUACGAAUAAACCCAAAGCAUUUGAAUAAUUUGAAUAUAAUUGAGCAGGUCAGUGCUGCUGGUGCUUGAGAAACUAUUCAAAAAGCUGCCAGUCGAGUGACGGACACGAAGAUGUGCAGAUUGGCGGGCCAGAUGCGGAUUCUCGGGCUGGUUGGGGUUCUUCUGCUGGCUCAGUUGCAGCCCCUUGAAUGUUUGGAACAAAGUUCGGACUACUCGGUGGUUAGCAAAGCUUCAGCGGUGGCUACCACCACCUCAGCCCCACCCACUGUAUUGCCGCCCAUACGUAGUUUUAAAGGACGCAUCCAGACCACAACUCCCUUACCGCGAAGUUCCACGGGCAGUCGUCCUUCCACCCAGCAAGAAUUGGGUUCAGUCUCCUCCAAAUCGUAUAUCUCAGGACCCACCACACAGUCCUCCAAGCUAUCGAAGAGAGCUGGCCUGGCAGGACCUAAGAAGUUUCCCAAGGAUGUUCGGAAUCGCAGCAGCAGUGCUGUUGAGCGCAAUAAGCUGCAACAUGACGUGCCUGAUCAUGUCCCGGACUCUUCUGGCUAUAUACCCCAUCGAAUUGGACACCCAGUACAUCUAGAUUACGGCUCUACAGGUGUGGAUUCAAGUGGCGCCCCCACAGGAAGUGGAGCCUAUCACGCAGUUCCUUAUGAAGGAAACAAAUGGCACGAGGAGUACUGGGAUCAGGAAUACGCAGGACACCCGUAUCAACACAACAGUACUCGAGUGCAGCACAUCGAAGCCGAGUGCCAGGAUGAUUAUAUGAAAAUUCGGAUUGGAUUCAAUGGAUCCUUCAAUGGCUUACUCUACUCAGCUGGCUAUGCCUAUGAUCCUGACUGUAUGUACAUAAAUGGAUCUGGCAGAGACUACUACGAGUUCUACAUUCAAUUAAAUCGUUGUGGAACUUUGGGAAAAAACUCGCUUCAAGAAGAGAGUCGCAAGAAUCCCACAAAUUUUAUGUGGAAUACAGUUACUGUUCAAUAUAAUCCACUAAUUGAAGAGGAGUAUGAUGAACACUUCAAGGUCACCUGCGAAUAUGGCUAUGAUUUCUGGAAGACUGUGACUUUUCCCUUUCUAGAUGUGGAAGUGGCCACUGGUAAUCCUGUAGUUUUUACCUUGAGUCCACCAGAGUGUUAUAUGGAAAUUCAAAAUGGUUAUGGCAUUGGAGGACCUCGUGUCACAGGACCCGUGCGUGUGGGUGAUCCUUUAACCCUGAUCAUAUAUAUGAGGAGCAAAUAUGAUGGCUUCGAUAUUGUGGUUAAUGACUGCUACGCCCACAAUGGCGCCAACAAGCGGAUACAACUGAUCGAUCAACACGGCUGUCCGGUGGACGACAAGCUCAUCUCACGCUUCAGGGGCAGCUGGUCGGAUUCCGGGGUGUACGAGACCCAAGUGUAUGCUUACAUGAAAACCUUCCGGUUCACUGGAUCUCCGGCACUUUACAUAGAGUGCGAUGUGCGCAUGUGCCACGGUCGUUGUCCAAGCCAACCCUGUCAUUGGCGAAACUUAAAGGCAGUCACAAAGCGCGACAUCUCCAAUAGAACGGCCACCAAUCUUUCCCUGCCACCGCUUUCCUCCACCGACAGUGAGGGCGUCACCACCGAGAGCCCUGGCCAAAACUCUCUGUCGGAGAACGUGAAUCUUUUCCAGUCGCUGCGAGUCCUGCAGGAGGGCGAGAACGAUGGCGACGACGUGUAUGCCCAUCGGCAGACAAAGCCCCUGGCAACGCACCAAACUUGCCUCAAGACUUCGACCUUUUCGGCCCUGACAGCAGGAUGUUCGGCGCUUCUCUGUAUCCUGACUGUGACGUUAUUCGUCGCCUGCUCGAGAUUAAAGCGUCGCAAGGAGUCCUCGCUCUAUGACUCCUAUAUAGCACACAAGGGCCAAAUAGAUUGAUCGACCGAAGCGAAAUUCUCUCGUUCUGAGCACAUUGUGUAUAUAGCUUAUGGCACGCAACACAUUCUGUUUUAGUUAGAGCUAAGUUUGCUGUAGUCUUUUCUAGAUUCUGUGUUUUAGCCUUAAGGUUUGAUAUUGCCAACUUUGAUUGAGGACGGAAAGGACUCUGUCUUUAAAAUUCAAAACAUUUUAUAAUUUUUUUCUUUUCUUACAAAUAAAAUAUUUAAAGGAGACGAUUUGAAAGAAAUCAAGAAAUGUAUUUUUAAUUUUAUUGAAAGAUCAACAGAUCUUUCAGAACAGUUUUAUGAUACAUACAGCUGAGGUGGCUUUAAAACUGAGACUACUCUGGGUAGAAACAGAAAGGCAGGCAUGCUUAUAUUGACUCGCUGCUGAUUAAAAUCGUAUAUAUAUAUUAUUCGUUUUGGGAUGUCUCCUUGGCUGCUUUGUAAAAACGUUCAUUCGACCAAAAUUAUAUUAGUAAGGAUAUCCCAUUGAAAGAAUUUCUUUUAAACUUAAAAGCUAGAUAUAUCACCAUGGUGGUUCGCCAAUUAGAGAGACCAUGAUAGAUGAGUUGG